AUGCCCAAGUAUGUAAAAUUCCUUAAGGACCUUCUCAAGCGUAAAGAUAGGAUAGAUGAACUUUCGAACAUUCCCUUGACCAGAGGUUGCUCCGCGGUGGUCUUGAAUAAGCUACCGGAGAAACUAACCGACCCGGGCACAUUCACCAUUCCAUGCCUUUUCGGGGGUGUCGUUACUCCCGCUCAUGCGUUAGCUGAUUUAGGUGCUAGCGUCAAUUUGAUGCCAUUCUCUCUUUACGAGAAGCUAAGGUUAGGAGAGCUUAUGCCCACGCACAUGUCAUUGUCCUUGGCCGACCGCUCAGUCAAGUAUUCUCGUUGGAUCAUAGAGAAUUUGUUGGUCAAGGUUGAUAAGUUCGUUUUUCCCGUAGACUUUGUUGUUCUAGAUAUGGAGGCCGAUGAGAGAGUUCCAAUUAUUCUAGGCCGUACAUUCCUUCGCACUGCCAAGGCCAUCAUAGAUGUCUUUGACGGUAAGAUUUCACUUCAUGCGGGUGAUGAGAUUGUCACAUUCGAGAUCAGUAGAGCCAUGCAGCACCCUAGUGGUAGAGAUGAGGAUAUUGGACCGUGCCAUUCCGUUUACUUUCUAAAUUCUUUCAUCUCAUGCGUUGACACGUGUCUAGAGUAUAUUAGUGGGGCCGACUUAGUGAAUGAGGGAAUUGUUGACGAGGAGGUUGAAGAAGAGCCUUUAGAUGAGGGCGAUGAGUUAUGGGUUCCUGAGACGUUGGAACUCAGUGAGAUUAGUGAUGAGAGUACACCGUUAGAUAUUCCAUCGCCUUUAGAGCUUAAAGUCCUUCCAUCCCAUUUAGAGUAUGCAUUCUUAGGGGAGAAACCAAACAUGCCCGUUAUCAUUUCUUCUAUGUUGACGGAGGAAGAGAAGAUGUGA